AUGGAGAUGCAGCAAGGUUCUGAAAGACUCGCAUGUGAAGGAUCACCGACAGGAACAACUCGGACGGCAUCCAAUGAUUUCUGCUCCCGUUCGGCUGGCGUCAACACAUCGUCCAAAGGCUUAAACUUUGUCGAAGCUGUCAUGGUGUCCUUCAAUUCUGGUCUUGGACCAACACUUUCAGUGGUCGCCUAUGCUGCCAUGUUGUCCGGAUCUGUGGGAUUUCUCUUCGUCCUUUUCGUGGCGACGGUCACUGCCAUCGUUGAGCAGCAGACCUUGAUGCGAGCGUCGGUCGAGUGCAACGCCACCACCUUCCAGGAGUUGUGUCAACGUACACCCGCCUGGGCCCGGCAGACGACGAUCUGGAGCGGCUUGAUCUACCUUUGGGCUUGUGGUGGCUUUUACUUUGACUUCCUGGAAGCCUUUUUUGAGGGCCAACUCUGCCCCUUGCUUUGUGCCUCAAAUGGCGAUGUCUGGCUAUGUCAAAGUCGAUGGAGCUUGUCGCUCCCCAUCCUCCUCAUGAUCUACGUGGUGUGUUCGCCCGCGGAGCUGUCUGGACGACUGGCGCGAGGCAUCAACAUCACCAACAUGUUUGUGAAAACGCUUGUGAUCGCAGCGGCCAUUCUCAAAGGCUUCCUGACCUGGAGGACAAAGACGGAGACCACCAGCUAUGUAACGUGGAGACCCAUUGGUUUCUUUCGGGUGACCAGCAUUUUGAUGAGCAGUUUGGCCAACACCGGCAUCUUACCCCAGCUGGCAGCAGAUGUGCAGCCAGCCCUCCGCGAGAAAGUGACCACCUGGUGCCCAGCCAUCGCUGUUUCGAUGCAGUCUUCGGUCUACGUGGUGGUGGCGCUGGUGGGAUAUGCAGCCUUGGGCAGCGCUGUGGAUCUGGAUCUCUUCAAGAUCUAUGAAGAGAAGUACCCGGACGUCUUGACCAGUAUUUUGCAAGGAAGUAUGGCUUUGAUGAUUUACUUCAACCUGCCCUUGGCGAUUCUUCCCUGCAAGAGUCAAGUCUGGAACUUUUUCAGUGCUGACGUGUCUUUAGCUGAAGCUCCAUGGGCGAUGCAAGUCGCCUUGACGCUCUUUUUCUCGCUGUCCUCUAUUGCAGUCCCCACACUGAUUGGAGAUGAAGCUUUUGGAAACCUCAUUCUCACUGUUGCCUCCACGACUGGUGUGUGGAUGAAUCUCCUGCUGCCAGCAGUCAUACUGAUCUAUUCCAGAGCACCCUCUGACGGUCGAGAGCGACAUGUUUGGUUGAUGAAAGUUGCCUGGAUUGUGCUGCUGGGAGUGCUCUGUUUGAUCGAUGGCAUCAUCCAGAUGCUGGAGCCUCAAUCCUCCACGCGGGAUCCCAAGCUGGCGCAGGCGAAGAAGCCCACUUCCAAUGGAUUUCGGCUCAAAGUUGGCCGAUUUCUGGUGAAACCUGGAGAAAAUGACGCUGGCUUUUUGCGCGCGGAACUG